UGACAAAAUUAAACUGAAAACUACCAAAAAGAGAAAAAAGAAUUAGGACAGUGGAAAAGAGAGCAGAGAAAGUUCUUCAUUCUAACAAUCCCAGCACCAGCGCGCGCGAGCAGAGAGAGAGAGAGAGAGAGAGAGAGAGAGGAGAGAGGAGAGAGAGCUAGUAGUAUCAGUAACACUCUAGCCUAGCCAAGAAUCUUUGGAGCACUCCCAACAAAUUUUGCUGAAAGUUACAUACAAUUAGGCUCGAAUUUCAGGUUUAUAUUUUUGGAGAUGACAAGAGGACGUUUUGAUCAAGAAGAAAUUGAUUGAUCUGUCAAUGUCAGUUUCCCAGUAAAAUGAAUAUUGAAGUGAUUGAUGUAGAAGGGCAGAAGAGGCAAAAAACUGGGGAAAUAGCUGCUGAACUAAAUCACAAUUUUAAACAGGGUUUGCCGGAGAAUUUUACUGAAAGAGAUGCUAUCGUUGAAUUUGAUGAUGGGGAAGAGAAGCCAUAUGUGGGGAUGGAGUUUCAAACAGAAGAAGCAGCAAAGAAUUUUUUUGACGCAUAUGCUAGGCAUGUGGGCUUUAGCAUACAUGUUGGACAGUACAGCCGAGCUAAACCUGACGGCCCUAUCAUUAGUUGGGACUAUUCUUGUUCCAGAGAAGUUGUUAGAAGGAAGAAUAUAGAGAGUUGCAACGCUAUGCUUCGCAUAGAGAGGAAAAAUUCAGAUAGUUGGAUUGUGACUAAAUUCGUUGAGGAUCACAAUCAUUCAAUCGUGAAUCCCAGCAAGGUGCAUUACCUUCGACCUUGUAAACAUUUUGCUGGUGCUUCCAAGACUGUUGGAGAGACACCGGGGGCUCCAACUGUUGUUAUGGUUCCGGUGGACGGAAAUCAUGUAUCUGUCAGUUCUAAUGAAGGUGUUAAGGAUGCUUCUCCUGUGGAGUCAAAUCGUGUGACCAAGAACUUUAGCCCUGUCAUACCAAUAAUGUUUAUCCAGCCUUGCAGCCGAAAGAGAACACUUGGAAGAGAUGCCCAUAAUCUUCUUGACUAUUUCAAAAAAAUGCAAGCGGAAAAUCCUGGUUUCUACUAUGCUAUUCAACUUGAUGAUGAAAAUCGCAUGACGAAUGCUUUUUGGGCUGAUGCAAGAUCGAGGAUAGCUUAUAGUCACUUUGGUGAUGCUGUUAUUUUUGAUACAAUGUAUAGACCAAAUCAAUUCCAGGUUCCAUUUGCUCCAUUCACAGGCGUAAAUCAUCAUGGACAAAUUGUUUUGUUUGGCUGUGCAUUACUCUUAGAUGAGUCCGAGUCUUCCUUUACUUGGCUUUUUCGGACCUGGCUAUCUGCAAUGAAUAAUCGCCCUCCAGUUUCUAUUACAACCGACCAGGAUAGAGCUAUUAAGGCAGCAGUCAACCAAGUAUUACCGGGUACUCGUCAUUGCAUCUGUAAGUGGCAUAUCUUACGAGAAGGGCAGGAAAGAUUGGCUCACAUAUAUAUGGCUCAUCCUUCUUUUUAUGGGAAGCUGUAUAGCUGCAUUAACUAUUCUGAGACUAUUGAGGAUUUCGAAUUAUCUUGGGCCUCUAUACUUGAUAGGUAUGGUCUCAGGAAAAAUGAGUGGCUUCAAGCUGUAUAUAAUGCUCGCAACCAGUGGGCUCCAGUAUAUUUUCGAGAUACUUUCUUUGCUGCACUUCCCUCGAACCAGGGUGUAACCUCCUUUUUUGAUGGAUAUGUGAAUCAACAGACAACUCUACCAAUGUUCUUUAAGCAGUAUGAAAGAGCUUUAGAAAGUUCACUUGAAAGGGAAAUUCAAUCAGAUUUUGAUACAAAUUGCACCACACCAAUGCUAAAGACCCCAUCUCCAAUGGAACAACAAGCAUCUAACCUCUACACCAAAAAAGUUUUUGCAAAGUUUCAAGAGGAACUAGUUGAAACUUUUGCCUACACUGCCAAUAAGAUUGAUGGUGAUGAGAGACUAAGCAAAUUUAGGGUCGCAAAAUAUGAACAGGAUGACAAAGCAUACAUUGUAAUGUUGAAUCUUGCCGAGAUGAAAGCGAGUUGCAGCUGCCAUAUGUUUGAGUAUUCGGGCAUCUUGUGUAGGCACAUCUUAACCGUCUUCACAGUGACUAAUGUUCUUACAGUUCCGUCCCAUUAUAUACUUAGGAGGUGGACAAGGAAUGCAAAAGUUGGACAAGGAUCAGAAGAAGACAUUGUUAAACAAGGAAUUAAUUCUCUCUCUUCACGUUUCAACCACUUAUGUCUGGAAGCUUUAAGAUAUGCGGAAGAAGGGGCAGUUUCUGUGGAGACCUAUGAUGCAGCGAUUAGUGCUUUAAGAGACGGGUUGAGUAAGAUUUCUAUUGUUGCGAAAAAUAUUAUAAGACCCCCUAGCUCACAGGGAAGUGGAAGUACUCAGGAUGAGAGCAUAAAAAGAACUCUGGCUACUUCUGAUACCGCACCAUCUUUAUGGCCUUGGCAAGAUACAAUGCCUCGUCAUUUUAACCUUAAUGAUGUCGGUUUACCUGCUGGUGACUUAAAUCAGCCCACUAUGACACCUGUGGCUAUAAAUCGUGAUGGUGGCCUUGCUGAUAAUGUGGUUGUUUAUACUUGUUUUAAGUCUAUGACAUGGGUGAUUGAAAACACAACUCCAGCAAGUAAAGUGGCUGUCAUCAAUUUGAAGUUGCAAGAUUAUGGCAAGAGCCCAGCAGGGGAAACAGAAGUUCAGUUUAGAGUUACAAGAGUCACCCUGGAGCCAAUGCUGAAAUCCAUGGGUUACAUAAGUCAACAGCUUUCACUGCCGGCAAAUAGAGUAGCUGUUAUCAAUUUAAAGCUUCAAGAUACUAAGACACCUUCUGGAGAAACUGAAGUGAAAUUUCAAGUUUCAACGGAUACUCUAGGAUCAAUGCUGAGAUCGAUGGCUUACAUUCGUGAACAACUUUGAGUAGGUAUUCUCUGCAGCAGAAUUGGUAAAGGUACAUGGAUUCAUGUGAGUCAAACAAGAAUAAGUAAUGCACCUUCGAUCUGAAUCGCUCUGAUGAAGCAGUAGCAUUCUUUAGAACGAUAUGCACAAGGUCUUUUUGAAGUUAGUAAUUGGUAUAAUAAUUUGAUGGAAAGAACCUGGCAUUAAAGCUGUAUACAAGAGGAGAGAAAUUUAUACAAAAACAUGACUCUUUGCAAAGAGCAUUCAAUCAUCAAUUUGGACUGGAAAGUUGUACGUGCUCCAAAAGUGUCAAGAAAACAAAGAGUUCAUAAAAAGGGAAGACCGGUGCACUAAGCUCCCGCUAUGCGCCGGGUCCAGGGAAUGGCCAAACCACGGUCUGUUGCACGCUGCAUUUUUGUAAGAGGCUGUUUCCACGGCUCGAACCCGUGACCUCCUGGUCACAUGGCAGCAACGUUACCAGUUACGCCAAGAGAAAAAAAGAGUUCAUACCUUAUCCGAAAACAUAAGAGUUCACACUGAUCCAAACGUGGUUUCUUUAUCCUUUGAUAGAAUCAGGUCUAUGGUAAGUCAGAGAAGAACCAUUCAAAAGACCAAAUUGGAGAUAUUUGAAGAUUGCUCGACUUCUUUUCCUACAUCUGUGUUGUUAGUUGCUCAUCAUCAUAUAAGAAGUUGUUGUUGAUGAUGAUGGAUGACAAUAACGAGUUUUUUGCCACAUAUUAUGUAGGAACUCCGUGUAAAUUGCUUGUGGAGGCAGAGACAGCACAUAUUCACAGCUGUAGUUAUCUCUAGCAGCCACUCUGUUUGCUCUACUUUCUGUUAGCACUUAGUCUAACUAUUCUAUGUAGUUGACCGAACUUACCUUGUAGUUGUAUGCUGGAAAAUUAGUUGUACAUGUCUGUGUGGAGGAUCUUGCAAAGAAUGUAAUCAUUUUAGGUUAGUAGUAAUUGCUGUUUUAUUGAUAGAUACCGGUCAAUUUAUCCUUUAUAGUUUAGGUAUAGGUGUAAUCUAUUAUAUUCCUAUGUAAGCUGCCUGUGCUAAUAUCACUCCCAUGUAUGAGGGAUAUCUCUUGUAUUCCGCUAGAUGAAAGUUUGAAACCAAUUUCAUGCAAUUUAUUGUUCUAUCGUCAUUACAUUUAAUUUGA